AUGGUGUUUAUAAACGGAUUCAGCUUCACGGAGGCGACGCUCGUCAAGAGGUCCCUCGAAUCGUUCUUUGGCAUCGGUCCCAAGGUUUCGCAGAAAAUUAUGGCGAAGUUCUAUAUCCAUCCGUGGCAGAAAGUCGGAUCGCUGAAGAACUCGACGGUUUUGGAAUUGACAGAGGAGCUCACGAACAUGAAAAUUGAAAACGAUCUAAGGAGACAAGUGCAGGACGAUAUACGAAGAUUGAGAGACAUGGGAACCUAUAGGGGAAGGCGGCACGCCAUGGGGCUGCCAGUGAGAGGACAGAGAACAAGGACACAGAUCACUACGGCUCGCCGUUUGAACAGGAUGGAACGCGGUGGAACUGGACGCGUGGCCAUGUAG